CUCAGUGAAAUUUCCUGUGUAUGCAACUCUCUUGCUCCUUCUGUCUCAGGGUUGCUCAGAGUGCGCGUGUAAGACACAGGAGAGAAAAAUCCUGGAGAAGGGCUAGCUCCAAUUUCAGUGAAUGAAGAUGGAUGUUUACCACAGUCAUGCAAUGGACAGCGUGUGGAAGGGCUGGGUGCUGCUCAUCGCUUUCUACCUGGCUUUCUACCAAGAACAGACAACAGCUUUCAUGAUCACCACUCCUUACUCACUCUACGUCUGCCCAGAAGGACAGAAUGUUACCUUGACAUGCAAGCUCUCUGGGCCACUCUCUGCUCGGCAUGACUUACUUUACAAAAUUUGGUACUUCAGCAGCAACGGAGACCAAAGCUGCUCUGAGAAGCAACAUAUCCGCAAUGUAACCGAAAGGGACCUGCAUCAUGAGCCAGGGAAGCAUCAUGGGACACAUAGCAAUGUCACAGAAAGGUACUUCCAUGGAGAACAAGCAAAUCACCAUGGGCUGGAGACCACCUCGGACCACCAUGGGACAUUUCAUGUCAUCAUGAUGAAUCUGACUCUGCAGGACAGUGGCAAUUACUGCUGUUAUGUGGUAGAGACUAAAAAGGAACAUGGCAAACUGAAUUACCAGCAAGUGGCUCAUGGCUUCAUGGAACUCCGCAUACAGAAAGCCAGAGAAGCAUUUCCAAACUGCACAUUUCAUCCUGGUGCCAGCAAAGACAAAGAAAACAUCACAGCAGCUGCGCUGGCAACAGGAGCAUGCAUUGUGGGCAUUCUCUGCUUGCCCCUCAUCCUGAUCCUCAUCUACAAGCAGAGACAAGCAGUCAACACCAGGCGUGCUCAUGAACUUGUAAGAAUGGAGAGUAAUGCUCAAGGCAUUGAAAACCCAGUCUUUGAGGCCGUUCCAUCCACAAAUACAGAGUCCAGGCCCAAGCCGCAGAUGACAUACAUGGCCAGCCGCCAGCAGUCAGAAUCGGGCCGACACCUUCUCUCAGAACCAAACACUCCGCUGUCUCCUCCAGGCACAGGGGAUUGUUUCUUCCCAACACUGGAGCCUGUUCCUGAUUCUCCAAAUUCCAUGAAAGUAUAAAAUUGCUGAAGAAGAACAACUUUCACUGAAUUUGUUGUCAGCAAUAUGGAAGAAGCUUUGGCUAUUGCUGAAGCAAAGGCUUUAUAGGCACGGCCACUUCUGAGCGGAAAAAAUGACCGACACUUUCUCUAGCAUUCAAUGCUUCCCCUGGCACCUCAAAUUCAUCGCUGCGCUCAUCUUCCUUAGAAAGUUUCUCAAGAAAAAAAAAAACAAGAAAGAAAGAAAAAAGAUCACCACAACUGUUGAAACUCUUGCUGGUUUUUCUUCACUGCACAAGGAAGCUUACAAUUUAAUGACCAAAUACAUUGCUAAACUCAUUGUUGGUGUGCAGUUUCCCACACCAUGCUUAUUUACAACACCGGCACCUAGAGCAGAUAUAAGAAGAUGACUUAUUAAACUGGAGGGAGAGGCUGAACAAAAAAAGAAGCCUUACAAACUGAACUGGAGUGAGAGAUCCACUCUCCACAUUCCAUAUGCCCUGCCCCAAUGGAAAUUUGUGAAGAGGAAAACAAGUUCCUCUUCAAUGGGUUUAGAUUUUUGCUACCUAUUUUCUUAGAGAUGUAUGUGUGUAUAUAUAUAAUUAUUUUGCCUGCACUGUUUGAUGUUAUUGCAUAGAAACUGUAUGGUGUGUUUAUAACUUGUGUCCCUUUAUGAAAAGAUGUAUGACGGGAAGAUUUUGUAAGAAAAAUUAUAUCAGCUGCCAGCUACAAUAUCUAAAGAAUAAGGAGUCAGUCAGAAAUAAAAGUCUGGCUUAAGUCAUGGAGUUUGGCUCUGGAUUCAAAUUGAGAUCCAAACUUCUCAAAAAUCCAGGAAAGUGUGGGGAAUCACUGCUCCGAUUCAGUCUUAUUGUAGAGAUGGACCUGAGCUGUGCAAUUUGGACCUAGAUUCAGAUUCCAACUUGCCUGAAGUCCAAAUGGGUUGGAAUCUGGUUUUCCAGUCUGAGCCCAUCUCUGUUAGAAAUGUGGCAAACAUCUCACAGAGAGUCUGAGUCAGAGAGACACCAGCCACACCAGUAAACAUUUCAAGUGGUUUAAUUUAUUAGCAUAGUUUAAUCUGUGUUGUGUUCCUCUGUUUUCAUAGCCAUGUUAGAGAAUCCACGCCCCCUGUUUGGGAACAACUUUUGAAAUGCUUUAUCCACAUGCAGUCAUGGGAGAAAAUAGUAUCUUCUGCCAUCACUCAGAUAUGUUCAUCUGGGACUAUUUGAGUGACCACACCAAAUAUCCAUAGGCAGAGCACCUCAGAAAGUCUGCAAGCAUUUAGUAUCUCAGAAUUGUCUCCUGUGGGAUUGCCAGGAGAACUAACACACCCUGCCCGGUAAUACACUCCAGUUAGAGGCGUGCCCAUGAGAACCAACUUGAAUUAAAGUAAUGUGUGUUCAGCAGAGGUCUUAUGGAGCGGGUCAGAUGACUAUUGGCAGGUCAUAAAAUGAUUUUAAAAUCUGCAGUCAUGAUGCAAAUCAUGAUAACUAUUUUCAGAUUUGUUACUCUGAGUUCCUUUACAUGGCUGAAAAAGGUACAAUGUGGAAAGGCUAAGGAGAUUAGAGAAAGAGAGAGAACACUAUGAAAAAAACCAGUUUUUGUUCAAGGGUCACCUGCCCUGUUUGGCAUAGAUGUACAAUAGGAAUACAUGAGUCUCAAUGAAACCAUAACAUAUAUAACCUUUCUGUAAAUGACCCAGCUUUGUGAGAGUUUCAAACAAGGUACAGACUGGUAAUGGAAAGAAUAUACACUGCCAAGCAUGAAUGAAGCCCUGAUGGCUGCAUAGAUAAGGGGCAGUGAGCUCCACCCGGGAUCCAAUCCUCUCCCAUCGUCUUGCUCAUAUUCCCUCAGAUGGGAUGGGCAUGUCAGCUAUUCUAUCACACUUGAAUGAUGUCAGCUUGGAACUAAGCAACCAAAGAGUCACCAUCAGUAGAUUGAGGCAGCCCCUCAGCAUGAACAAAUCCUAGGUGGAGGGGGAGGGGCGGGCAGAAGGGAACGGAAAAAAGUCUUAUCCUACUGUGGGAAUCACACCAACAAUAGUUUUUAAUGUAGCCAAGAAGAACUUUUGAUGCUUUCAUUCUGAGGCUAGUUUUUCAGCUGGUUCAGAACCCAUCCAUCUCUGUUUGAGAGUCACUCCAGCUGGCAGCUUGGGUCUCAGCCUGGGAGCAGAAUAUUUCAUUUUCGUACUUUAAAAAAAUCGUAGGCAUUGAUGAAAAAUAAUCAAGAUUUUGAUGCUUAAAAAAAAACAACCCCUCCUCCCCCAGCUGUAACAUUUUUUUUAAAAAUGAACCCUUUCCAGGUGAUGGAUCUGUGAUAUGCACUAGAGGCCCAUGGCAAAGGCUGAUGGGAGGUGAGAAAGGGUCCAUUUGGUACUUUGUAAAGUUUAGAAACUUCUUUAAACCGUGGAGAGAGACAUGCAGCUUGGAACUGAGCUUUCCCCUAUACCUUUAAUACUAUGAGGAAGGUGGAAAAGUAGAGUGGGAACCCUCUGUUUAAAAGCAUAUUUUACAUUUUGUUGCCAAGAGAUUCCCCUUGGCAGCUUUCCUCAGUGUCCUCCAGUCCAGAGGAAUGCCAGGGAGACUCCAUCUCCCGCCUAGACCCUAUCUUCCCUGGCACCUAGAACCUAUCCUCCCUGCCACCUAGCACAGAGAAGCAGGUCAUUGGAGGGAAACUUCUUAGGAGUGUCUGCUUCCUGACACCCUCACAGGCAAUCUAUAGGCUGGGGUGAAGAUGACCAGAGGGAAAAUGGAGUUCCAGUAAGAUCAUAACACAUAACGUACACAAACCACCACCAAAAUACAGAACGCAAAUAGUGUUCCUGAAAUGAUUCCAGAAUCAGCAACAUGACUCCCACAGCGACUGAUGUCAUGCCCAACUGAGUCCCAUGUCAGAGUCACACAACUACAGCUUACCAGCAGACAUUAAAAAUAAAAAAUCUAAAAAGUCAUGUAGAGAAGAGAAUAUGCUCCUGGGUAGAUUUCCAGCCUACUGACAAGUCUGGAAAAGUUUAGGCCUGAAAGCUACUUGUUGUGAUGAUUGUGUCAUUAUUGUGACUCAUUGGUUGUCAUGGUGUGUGGGCUGGCUCCAGGCCAUUAGGAACCCAACUAUGGUGCCAGUUGUGUUUUCUCUCACCUUAUGUUAGAUAAGCAUCCUGAGAUGACCCCCACCAGAACCCGGGUGUAGCUGACUACCUUAUCUAUGCAGCCAUGACAGCCCAGCAGUCAUCAGAACAACCUGGGAUGAGCAAAACGUCUCUUCAACACUCCAAACAGAUAACAGGAUAAUAUCUUGCGGCAGAAAAUGCUACUUCAGGGUUUGAUUAAUUUCAGAAAAAAAAUCUCAGAUCAUUUAAAUAGACUGCAACUAUAAGGCCUGUUACUAGUACCUCAUGGUACACCACAGCAAAAAGAUGCUCCUGAACCACAUUGUGUCUCUGUGCCUAUCUGAGAAGCUGCAGCCUUUCAGAACUUCCGCAGUCCUUCUCUUUGUUAACAGGGUGAUACUUGAUGGUACAUGGCUAGAGGCAAAAUCUGCUAAUUCCUUUAGCGGUACUGUACCCCAUGUAAAGAUGCCCAUUGAGGAAACCUGAAAAUCUGUGUGAAAGCUGAAAUCUUCUAGUGAUUAGCAAAAUUCUCUGCAUGAUCAUCACCAGUCUUGUGGAUCCCACAGCAUGGGGACAUCAGCAUGACAAGUGUAUACGUAUCUGAUCUGGGGAUCUAUUUGCUUAAUGGGUCCAUUCCUGUGUCCGCUGUUAACUGCUUCCCUGCUGAGCAGUGCACUGGAUAAUUCUGAGAAACAAGACCUUGCAUGGCUAGAGAUUUUAAAAGGAAGCAAAUGAGAAGCCACUGGAGCAAGGAGGCCUUGCGCAAACCAGCUGCCACUCGUCCCAAAAGUUACAAAAUAACCUCCUGGGUUGCAGAAGGUACCCAGCUGUGCGCUCCCACCCACUGACUUGCUCCAACUCAAAUUUCAGUUCAAAAGAUUUCACUAGCUAUCGAAAUUCCCAACUCUCCUCCUUGCCACCAAAAAUAAAAAUCAGGUAAAAACUCUCUGGGGGCCUAAGUCCCUUUGGGUCAUAUGGCUACACAAGCUAACCCUGUUUCUGUGAUGUGACUUCAUGCCCCAUUUAAUAAAGGGCUCAGGAUGGGGUUGAAAGGGCCAAUUCCCGCCUUCCCUGCGGUUCUGCUAGUCAUUCCAGAGCAAGAGACUAGAAGAGCAGAGCAUGUGGGAAGCAUGCAAAGGCAUGAUAAUGUCUCUGCCUUCAAAAGGAAGACAUGAGCCUGAUGGGAACAAUGCAUGACUAAAGAACUAUGUGUCAGAUCUGGAAAAGUGGCUCUUGAUACUGCUUUUUAAUUUUAAUGUUGUUAUUCUUUAUUAAAAAACAAACAAACAAAAAACCACCUUCUCUUCAUGGCCAGCAUAAAAUGCUCACAUUGUUUGUCUCCUGAGACAACUGACAGCAGGGUGGCCUGUUCUGAGAUUGAAGAGGGGUAAAGAGAGUAAAUCUAAGGGGACGGUAUAGGGGAUAAGCAACUGCUUCGGGCUAUUUGUACAUUCUGAUUGCUGUGAAAUGUUCUCCAGAUGUGUAUGCAUUUGUUUAUAAAAAUACUGAUUGAUGAUACAAUAAAGUUUUAUUGGAAA